AUGCGUAGCGAGAUCCGCGAGCUCAAGCUCGAGAAUGAGAGGCUUCAAAAGAAGAUCCAAGAGCUGGAGCGAUCUCAAAAGAGAGAAUAUAACGCACCACAUAUGCAACAAGCCACUGAAAAGGAGUCAUUGGAGGCCCAUGAUAAGGUACCUAAUUCGAGGGCAGCCAUGCCUUCAGGGACCUUCAAAAAUGCUCUACCGGAGCCUUUGCUAUGCACCUCGAAGACGCGUUCGGCCAUGUCAAGCAGUAGCACCGUAAAGUCUGGCUUAACGGUUCAGGUACCAAGUACGCCGCAGCCUCCUGUACGCCUCUCUCUCCUCUCAAACUCCAAUGCUAGCUCACCUAGAGUCCAUUUGGCUAGCCAUGUAUCAUAUCCACACGCCCCUCAUGCAACGAAGACACUGCCUUGUGAAUCUUUCCCAGCAGCAUUGCCAAACGAAGGCGUUAUUUAUAAAGCGACACACAAUCCUGCUGUAUACUUAAGCCAUAUCCCCUCUAUGGAUACAAGUGCCUCAGGAGUCGCGCAACUCCCCAGGGUUAUGGGGUGUAUUAAUGAGGAGACUCCAAUGCCAGGCCCUAUACAGCCUAUAACAUAUAAUCAAGCUCAGCCUUACUCAACAACAAUGCCACCACCACCUCCUCCGACGUCACAGCAUCAGCAAUCCCGACCAUGGCUUUAUAGCGCGCGUUCCAAUGCUUACUCUGCAGUUCCUCAAAGAGUCGCAUACCAAGGCCGGAGUAUUGCUACUGUGGGUCAACCAACAGCGCGAACCCGAUAUGUUCCAGUUAUAUAUGGCAACAACAUACCACAGGAACAAUUGGUCCGCAACCGAAACUCUGUAACAGCUGUAAGGACCAUUUGGCGACAGCAAUGA